UUCAUUCAGCGUUGCUUGGUGAAGGUUGCGUUUCGGGUGGGAGGUAUAAAAGGAGCGUCAGCCUCCCUCAAACCACAGUUCAAGCUGAAACACCUCAGCAUGAAGGUCUUGGUAGCAGCACUCGCCCUCGUGGCCACACUUGCAGUGACCGGGAGCGCUGAGCCCCUCCCAGAAGCUGACCCGGGUUACCAUAGUGGAUUUAGAGGCUUCGGUGGCAGAUCCCAUGGAGGAUUUGGAGGCUUCAGCGGCAGAUCCCAUGGAGGAUAUGGUGGUUAUGGUGGUCAUGGUGCCUACCGUGGCAAGAGAAACGCCGAGGCAAAUCCUCAACCCGAAGCCGAAGCUUUGGCUGAGCCUGAGGCUGAUCCCAGUGGUGGUCAUGUAAGGUAUGGUGGCUACGGUGUUUAUGGUGGCUUCCAAGGAAUUGGCCAGCACCACCACCACCAUGGCAAAAGAAGCGCUGACGCAGACCCCGAACCUGACUUUAGUCGUUAUGGCGGCUUUGGAGGGCAACCUGGUGGCUUUGGUGGCUUCAGAAGAUAUGGAGGAUACGGACGAUAACGCAAUUUUUAGAAAUUCCAUCAACUGUAUAUCGGCUGUUGCAACAAUUGCAUGAUUUAAGAAUAAAAUUGAAUAAAAUACUACAAGGAAAUGUCAAUAAAAUCAAGCAUACUUAA